AUGAAGAAGAAGAACAAGGAAGACCUGUACAAGGAAAAUAAGCUGGAGGCAUCGAAACUGAGAAUAGCAAUUGUUAGUAAUGACAAGUGCAAGCCGAAGAAGUGCCAUCUGGAGUGUAAGAAGAAUUGUCCAAUUGUAAAGACAGGGAAGUUUUGUAUAGAAGUAGAUCAUAGUUCAAAAAUUGCUUAUAUUAGUGAAACGUUAUGUAUAGGAUGUGGUAUAUGCGUAAAGAAGUGUCCAUUUGGUGCUAUCACAAUUAUAAAUUUACCGAAAGAUAUAAAUAAAGAUGUUGUACAUAGAUAUGGACCAAAUACAUUCAAAUUGCAUCGAUUGCCAAUACCCAAAUUGGGGCAAAUAUUAGGUUUAGUAGGUACAAAUGGUAUAGGAAAAUCCACAGCCUUAAAAAUUUUAUCUUCUAAACUAAAACCAAAUUUAGGAAAGUUUAAUAAUCCACCAGAAUGGAGAGAUAUUUUAUCCUUUUUUAGAGGAAAUGAAUUACAGAUAUUUUUUACAAAAUUGUUAGAAGAGAAAUUGUGUCCAAUUAUUAAACCACAAAAUGUAGAUUUUAUACCUAAACAGAUAAAAGGAAAUAUUUUAGAAAUUAUUAAUAAAAAAGAUAAAUUAAAUCAAAAAGAGAAAUAUAUGAGUGUAUUAGAAUUGGAUCAUUUAUUAGAUAGAAAUGUAGAAGAUUUAAGUGGAGGAGAAUUACAAAGAUUUGCUUUGCUCAUAUCAAUAAUAGGACAAACAACUAAUGUAUAUAUGUUUGAUGAACCUAGUAGUUAUUUAGACAUUAAACAAAGAAUCUCUAUGGCGAAAAUUAUACAUAGCUUAGUUAGACAUGACAACUAUAUAAUUGUAGUUGAACAUGAUUUAUCAAUUCUUGACUAUUUAAGUGAUUAUGUUUGUUGUUUAUGGGGUAAAGCAGGUGCAUAUGGUGUGGUUACAACUCCUUUUUCAGUAAGAGAAGGAAUUAAUAUUUUUUUAGAUGGUUUUAUUCCAACUGAUAACUUAAGAAUACGUGAAGAAUCCUUAAAUUUUAAGCUAGCUACAGAUCAAGAUACAACAGAUGAAGAUAAAAAAAGAUUACAUUUUUAUAAUUAUCCAAAAAUAGUAAAGACAUUAAAUUCUUUUACUCUUACUAUAGAUAAAGGACAUUUUUCAGAAUCAGAAAUUUUUGUUCUAUUAGGACAAAAUGGUAGUGGAAAAAGUACAUUCAUACGAUUAUUUGCUGGUUUAAUUAAACCAGAUAAUAUAGAAAAUUUAUCUUUUCUCGAUUCACUUAGUGUUUCUUAUAAACCUCAACAAAUACAAGCCAAAUUUACAGGAACCGUUAGGCAGUUGUUGAUGUCGAAAUUGAAAGGAUUAUAUAAUGAUCCUUACUUUAAUAAUGAAAUUAUAAAACCAUUAAAAAUUGAUGCUAUUCUAGAUAAUCAAGUUUUAACCUUAUCAGGAGGCGAAUUACAAAAAGUUGCUAUUAUUAUUACUUUAGCAAAAAAUACGAAUAUUUAUUUAAUUGAUGAGCCCUCUGCCUAUUUAGAUUCUGAACAAAGAAUUAUUGUUUCUAAAAUUAUUAAAAGAUUUAUACUUAACACUAAUAAAACUGCUUUUGUAGUUGAACAUGAUUUUAUCAUGGCUACCUACUUAGCUGAUCAUGUUAUAGUGUUCGAUGGACAGGCUGGCAUUAAUACUGUUGCCAACACUCCACAAACCUUAGUAGCUGGUAUGAACAAGUUCUUAAAGAUAAUUGAUGUUACCUUUAGAAGGGAUCCGACGAACUAUAGACCCAGAAUUAAUAAAUACGAUAGUGUUAAGGAUAAGGAGCAAAAACUCAACGGUAGAACUACGCAAAUCGCCGUACAAUGCCACGUGCCUGCACGGAAGGAACUUAUUUCAUUAUCGACGAAUAGGAAAACAACAAAAAUUGAUGUCCGACAAGGAUGCCAAUUAAAAUGCUAA